GGGACGCACUGAGACUCCGGGAUCCCAAGGGCUGGAGGCUAGAGGCUGGAGCCAUGGAGUACACAGGAAGCCAAUAUAUUGGGGAAUAUGUAGACGGGAGGAUGGAGGGCGACGCUGAGUACAUCCUCCCUACUGAAACGAAGUAUGUCGGGGAAAUGAAGGACGGCAUGUUUCAUGGCCAAGGAACCCUGUACUUCCCCAGCGGGAGCCGCUAUGAUGCCAUUUGGGAAAAGGGACUGGUCGUGAAGGGCACAUACACCUUCUCGGACGGGCUGCAGUACGAGGCAGAGCACUGGCAUUACUGCGACAGCUGCGAUCGCAGGUUUUACACCGAGAUCUGCCAUGGCUUGAAGCCUGCAGGUAUCUCUCAGCUCACCAAUAUGGACCCACCUCGAAAAAUCCCCGAGGGCUGUUAUGACUGUGGAGAUGGCUUCUACAACCCGGCCACAAGGAUAAUCAAGGACUACAGGAAUCGCUUUCUGAGAAAUGCAGAUGAUGACGAGCACGAGUGGAUCAUCAGGACUUGUCGCAAGGGCUGGGAUGAGAUUGUGGGUCACCGACCCAAGCUGUGAACUGUGCUGCUGGUGGAGGUUUCCUCUGCACCACUGGCCGUGGCCGGCCCUGGGGGCAGCCUGCUGUUCCAGACCCUGACUUUUAGCUCAGGAAUAAAGCCUUUCUGCACUCAGUGGC